UUCAAAUUUAGCAGCGCUAACAAUAACGCUUUAUGAAAACGGCGCCAUCUAUCCAUUUACAGCAACAAACAUUGACCACCAUUAACGCUGCUCUGGUGAUGCAUCACAUCCAACAAAAAGGUAACAUGGCUGCGGAAUUAUUUGCAAAAUAUUCGUGCACAAAUUGCCAGGAGGAAAUUUUAGGAGUAACCGUUCAUUGUUCAGAAUGUGAAGAUUUCUCGCUGUGUCUGCAGUGUUUUGCGGCUGGAGCAGAAAUCGGACCGCACAAAAAUGACCACAGCUAUCAAUUCACGGAUACAAAUCUGGCGACCACAGUGUCUCGAGGGAAAAACGUAUGGAGUCCUAGGGAAAAGCUUCGCCUGUUAGAUGCCAUUGAAAUUUACAGUUUCGGCAACUGGGAAGACAUCAGUAAACACAUCGAAACCCGUAGCGCCGAAGACUCGAAGGAGGAGUACAUCAACAAAUACUUGAACGGUGCCAUCGGUCGCCAUACGUGGUUACCGGCCACCGAACAUCGGCCACAACUGGUCGAUCACACGGUCGACGAUAAAGGUCCAUUGAGCCAGCUACUUACCCAAAGACUACCGCCAUUAGACGUAACACCGAAAGAAGCAGCCGAAUUGCAGUACAUGCCGAAUCGAAACGAUUUCGAACGGGAAUACGAUCCAUCGGCCGAACAAUUAGUAUCAACACUCUCCAUUUGUCCUGACGACGAUGAGGCGGACAUUGCCAUCAAAUUGGCACAGGUUGACAUUUAUGUGCGUCGGUUGCGUGAGAGAACGCGACGGAAACGGCUGGUGCGUGACUACCAAUUGAUUUUCAAUUUUUUCCGCGGCAAUUUAAGGCGAAAACAGUCCAAAGACCAACGGGAAUUUCGCGAUCGGUUUCGGGUGUUUGCACAGUUUUUCACUGCUAUGGAAUUCGACCGACGAAUCGGAUCGUUUGAACGGGAAAAAGCUUUAAGGGUUCGAUUAUCGGAGCUGUGCCGGUAUCGUUGGAAUGGGUUACAACGUCUGGAGGAGUGCGUUCAUUUCGAGCAACAUGCUGCAUCAAUACAUAAGAAUACCGGUCCGUACGGUUUGCAAGGACGAACGCUUGCAUGUAUAAUUGGACCGAAUGGUCAACGUAUGCCCGGAUGUAUAAGACAAUGUUUAACAGGACAACCGAGUCAAUGGCGAACGGCACCAGUCGUCUACGCUCUCUCAUCAAAAAAAGGGCGGAGAAAGCGAAAGAACCGCAAACUCAAAUUUCACCGGCCAAAAAUUCACGCACCACAUCGCCGACCCGGUCUACUCAGACGCCUCAUCGCUCAACAAAAACUCCUCGGAUAGCUAUCAGUUGCUGGUGCCACAACAAUCACCAGCAAACAACAACAACAACGUCGAUCCUCCUCAACAGCCCGGCGUAAAUCUACUGUCGUCAAAUGAGAUUCAGCUCUGUUCUAAAUUAAAUUUACCGGCGACGCGUUAUAUUACCCUGAAAACAGUCCUAUUAAGCGGUGCUCAAUGCCAAAUUAAUUCGGCCGCCGAAAAUUGCAUUAAAAAAUACUUAAUCCAGUCCGGAUGGCUGCAACAGACGAGCACCGGUUGCGUUUAACAUUUAGUUUCCAUUUUAAUUUCAUGUUGUCGAAUGACAAGAAGAUUUCAAUUAUUUUGCAUUUUUAUGAUUUUAAGUGGGGUGGGAUGGGACCUACAUUCUGAAAGAUUGAGAGUAGAGAUCGGGCAAAGUACGUUGAAAACGCUUACCCCUUAUGUGUGUAUAUGUUUCGCGUGGAUUAGAUGUUGAUUGACUUUUAUAUAACAAAAAACGUGAUAAAAUGGUUUUUCUUUGUUGUGCAGUUUCGGUUGAUGAAUUAUUGCAGUUUGGAUCUUAUUCGAUUGUAACGUUAAAAAUGAAUUAAAGGCACUAGAGAUCGACCACAACACAACGGUUUUGAUUCUUCAGGUCAAGCGAACAAGAAACGAUUCCUAUUUACUUGACUUACAACAAGAAGAGCCCACAGUGUCUCAGUGGUAGUGUUGUACUAGCACUAUCGCGAUACUAGCUGGUAAUUUUCGGCCACAAUUCGGAAAAAAUAUUUUAUGGCCGUUGUGAUGUGAGAAUUCACAUCUGUUUGUUGCAAUACAAAAAGUGCUGAUAAUAUGCGAAGUUACGAUCGAAUAAGAUCGAGUUCUGUCCCUCAAUUUUUUUGACGAAAAUUGUUACAAAAUGUCUUGAUAACCUUAUCUAAUCAGGUGCUCAUCUGUUAUCGACCACUAUGACAAUUAAUAAGCAACAAGCUGACUGUUGUCUUUUGUAGCAAAAUUUAUGUUAAAAUGAAUGAAGUCCAAGAAUUUGUAGCCAACUAUUUGUAGAUAUUGUUUGAAUUGAACAUUGGAAGUAACAGAUUUGACUGAUUUUAUGGAUGUGCUUGCCAUUUCUUAACGGUUUGCUAUAUCAAGUAAAGGCCCGAAAAUUCAAUGUGGAUUCAAUGUGGAUACUAGACCAGUCAUCGGUUAGUCCCACGAAUGGUUUUUAAGAGGAGAAGAUUUUUUUGUAAAAGCUGUCGGGAGUGAGACAACACCAGACAAAUAAAGAAACAAUUUUCGUUGAAUAAAAUUUCUUUUUGCAUUUUGUUGGUGACUAAGUAAGUUUCGGGACAAAAAAACGUCUCUUCCUUGUGGUUGUUUGUCCGGGAAAAACAUUUGUUUUUCAGACUUUCGAUUAGUAGACCUUUUCCCUGCAAGAGAUUAGUAACAUGACUGACUCCUUUACGAUUUGUUUUUUUUUUUAUAAUUUAGACAUCGGAGAGUUUUUACCUUUAAGUUAUUUACAUAACAACAGAAUCUAAGAAAAAACCGCUAAAUUUCAACCAACAUCGAUUUGAAUGUGACAAAUUAUAAAUGUUUUAAAAGAGAAAAUAUUAAUAGCAAAAGUAGAUAGAAUUUCUGAAUGUCAUUAGAAGUGGAACAAAUUGAAAAUUAAAAUAAAAAAAAAAUUGAAAAUUAAAAUUUGCAAUGAGCAUAAUCCGCCAAUACCACUUUGGUGGACACACAAUUUAUUCUGAAAUUAAAUGCAAGUGAUUUUAGGUGUACAUUUUCAGAGGCUGUAGUCAAUCGGUCGAUUUGAUU